AAGCAGCGAGUACACGGUUCGUUACACGGUGUAACCUGAGGCGCAACAUGGGAACACGGUAUCGUCUUUGAGCGGAACCAUGUGGAUAAUGCAAACGGUUCUGUGAUGACAUCGUUGGGCUGCUUCAACCAUCAAUGCAACAGUGUCGCAAUAGCGACCAUUGUGUUUCUGCUGGCGACGAUGAUUGACGUACGAGAGCAGACGAUGCUGACGGAGCAUCCGUCGACCACGGAGGAUCUACCAUAUUCUAAACAAAUCACCUCAAACAGUAGAAUCCAAUCUCCGACAAUGUCAUCGUCGCUGCCAUCAACGCCGUCCUCGCAGCCGAUCUCUUCACCGGCGUCCACAUCCUGGCCGGAGCCGGUGUCGGAGUCUGCGUCAUCGGCCACUCUCCUACCCGUGACGCCACUGCACGUGGCAAUCCCUCCGUUGCCGUCAUCGCUGACAGUGUCAGCCGAGAGUCUAAUCCGAGAGGUGACAUCGGCAGCCACGGACGCGUCGACACGUCCGCUCCCGGAAUCUACGAUCGCACAAGAAGUGGAGCUGGGCUCGGUGAUAACAACGUCGCUCUCGGUUCCAGCCAACCCUACCGCGCUAGGUAGUGUCACGGUGGCACAAUAUGACGCCAGCAGUGCAAACAUAAAAUACACGACAUUUCGACCAUUACUAAUACCUACCUUACCUGACGUGCGGCGUAGUCGAAUUGUUCAUUCGAUGCCUUAUCAGAGCAAGCAUCAUCACGAGCGUCACUGGGGACCUUUUUUCGAGGAACCGGUCAACGUGACUUCCGGGGCGGCCUUGCAGGUUGGAUAUCACUUAUCAACGGAGGCCAUCCUCAACUGUAGAGUAGGAAUGCUUAAGGAUAAAACGGUAAUGUGGAUCCGAAGGACCACCGAUAAGGUGUCGUUACUCACCGUGGGCAAUAAUACAUACAGCGGGGACCCGAGGAUAAGGGUCAAAUUUCAAUAUCCCAAUAAUUGGAGGCUACAUAUCAACCCGAUCAAAUCAGACGACGCCGGACUGUACAUGUGCCAGGUGUCGACGCAUCCGCCGCGGGUUUUCGCAACGAACCUGACCGUCUUAGAGCCCGCCGUCAGAAUAGUGGACGAAAUGGGGUACGAGUUCUUCGAUCGUUACUACAAAUUGGGCAGCACGAUCGAUAUCGCGUGCCAAGUGUCGGUGUCGUAUCUUGCGAGCCUUCCUCCCAGCGCGAAGCAACCGGCAAUACUGCAACAACGAUCGUCGAAGGCCUCUAGCGGUCCUUCCCUAGCUAACUCCCUGGGCCCAACUGCAUCGGGGAACGAGUGGUCGAAGCACGCCAAUGAACAAGAAAACAAACCGACGCCCGACGUCACGGAGAGAGGGUUGAUUAGCUGGACCAAGGAUGGCGCCGAGCUGCCGAAGGACGUCAAGAUGAGUUUUAGUGGCACCCAGCAGUGGCUCAUCAGCCGGUUAUCGAUUCUGCAGGCAAAUCGUGUCCAUAGCGGCGUCUACAACUGCACCGUCGCCGGCAAACACGGUACGUCGGCUCAGGUGCAGGUCCUGAACGGUGAAACUCCGGCCGCAGUUCAGCAUAAUUUCGGCCCACGGUUGGAAGCAUUCGUCCCGAUCGGGGAUCGUACGGCACUGGUGGCAAUAAUCUGGUGCGUCCUGCUGAAUCUCGGAUGGUUGCGGCUUUCCUUUUCGCUGCUCUGUUAAUCGACCUAAUGGCCAUUCCAUUGUGCAACAACGAGAAAAUUGGAAGGAGUGCGUGUGUGACAGGAAACGGCAAAGUGAUUCGCAAUUAUCUAUUUGCAAAUCAUGCGAUUUGUAGCAACUGUUUCACACCAAUGUUAGGUCAUAUAUCCACGAAAAAGCGUGAGACUAAUGUGUUACGAGAUGUGUUUGAGAAACACUGCAAGGUAUAUUAACGAUAAGAGGGAGAAAUUGCAUCCGCUCAUUAACACUUCCGGAGUAGAAUUUUGAAGCACGGCUCAGCAUUUUCUGGCAGGGAAGUGCGCAGCUUCCAUCAAGCGUAAAUCAAAACACGUAUCCAGCGGUUACGUUUGUUUGAGAUCGAGUGGAAAGGUUUCUUCAAUCGAAUUCAAAUCUAACGGAGUUUAUUUCAGCGAGCCGGGUGAUCCGAUAUAAUAUGGAAGUAACUAAACAAAGCAAAAUCAAAUAAAUCUGUAUAUAUGAUGAGUUGAUAGGUAAAAAGCACGAAUAUCUUAUCAUUGUAAAAAAAGCCCCAUUCAGGAUAUGUUUUCCACGCUCUCUUCGCAGUAUUUUUUGUAGGAAAAUUGUAUCAAACUUAACACUGGGAAGUUAUUCUUCGCAAAUUGCGAUAACCGUGAGAAAGCUACCUAGGUUAACAUCAUGUCUGUUGAGGGUAUUAACCUAUCUUGUGAUCAGUUAACGGAAAUGUUCCAAUAUGUUUCUAUUUCAUAAUUAACUCUGCAAAUUUUAAGUACAAAUCGUUUAAGAGGAAAAAGACUACGUUACUGAAAGUCAUAACUUUACGUAAAUUAGCUAAAACCGGUGUUUUAAGCAGUCUUGGCGGUUCCAGACGAAGUUCAGAUCAACAAUGAAAUGUCAAAUGGUGUACUACGUAAAAUCGAUUGAAAAUAUACAACAACAAACGAAAUAGCCAAUGUACGAUAAUCCCAACCGAGAAAAUCAAAAUUGAGAACGUUGCAUCAAACUAAACAGUUCGUGUUAUGUGGAACAUCCGACGCUACUACGGCAGACGCAAAUCGUCAACAGCAGACUAACCCUUCUGGUUAUCAAACAUAAGUGAAGCGGUGGAAUGGGCUAAAAAAUGUGCAAAAAUAUAUACCAGAGAUUUCAGACGUUUCUGGCGUUCUA